GUUGUUGGAAAUGCUGCAGUAGCUAUCAGUAGACGCAAACACUAGGGGAGGAAUGGCGUUGCUUAGGUUUAGUGAAGAGUGUUGUGAUCAUAUUACAGAGAAGGGUAAACCUUGUCCGCUGUGCCACAUUGGAAGCCACUAACUGCAAGAACUGCCACAUAGAAUUGUAUUUGCACGCAAAGCUGAAUACUUGCAUUAACAUCUGCCUCAGCAGGAAAGUAACUCAACGAUUCCCAAUUUUUCAGAAUGGAUAUGCCGUAGCACCUGGACUCCGCGAGUGGGAACAAAGUGGUUUAUGUUUAGCUGGCGAGCUAGUUUGUUAGAUAGCUAUGGCACGUCUCAUGGAAGCCCACACUUGUCUUAAUUUUUAAGUGGACGGAUAGCGGCUACUAGUUGCAGCAUUGUAAAUUCUGAGACGAGUGUAGUAGCUAUGUCAAUAGUAACUGAAUCACGGGGCACCUCCAUUAGCUACAGCGUGGUCUCACCAGCUGCAACUCGGGUCACUCACCAUAGUUCUUAGCUUGCAAGCUAGCUGGAAGAUGGGGCAUCUCGGCGCUCCGCCUCGAUAAACAAACUCUUUGGUUUAUUGCUAGGUUGCUAGCUAUGUGUAACUAAAAAGGAUUGUUUGGAUCAUUCGUCGGUUGUUACAUUGUGCCAAACAAUUGAUUCUCCUUCUGGUCCUAGAUGAUGCCACAGUUUGUGUCCCAUGCGCGCUCCGCAUAGUUGAUUGUAUCUAACACAGCAGUCAUGUUUGCCGUCCGUAUCGUCACCGCUGACUACUACCUUACAAGUCCUCUCAAAGACUUGGACGUCAUUUAUAACGAAUUCAGAGAAAGUGACGUGAAGAAAGUACCAGUGGUUCGGAUUUUCGGGGCAACUCCAAUAGGUCAGAAGACAUGUCUCCACCUCCAUGGCAUCUUCCCCUACCUCUAUGUGCCCUACGAUGGCUACGGGCAGGAGGCGGAGCUCUACCUGCGUCAGGUGGCCUUCAGCAUCGACAGGGCCCUCAACGUGUCCAUGGGAAACCCCUCCUCUAACACGCAGCACGUCUUCAAGGUGGCGCUGGUCUCCGGCAUGCCUUUUUAUGGAUACCAUGCCAAAGAGAAGACGUUUAUGAAGAUCUAUCUGUACAAUCCUCAGAUGGUCAAAAGGGUGUGUGAGCUGUUACAAGGAGGUGCUGUGAUGAACAAGAGCUACCAGCCCCACGAGGCCCACAUUCCCUACCUGCUGCAGCUAUUCAUCGACUACAACCUGUACGGCAUGAACAUGGUCAACCUGGGAGCUGUCAAGUUCCGCCGGAGCCAGCAGUGCAAAGAGGGGUCUCCCCCAGAUCGCCAGGGCUUCCGCAGCAGACCCAGCACCAGACCCUUGAAGAGCCCCUGUACCUCCAAACUGGGUGACAGUACCCUGGGAGGCGCGUUUGUCCGCUGGCAGGAGGAUGCCACACCCUGUUCUCUAGUCCUGGAGGAUGUGGAGAAACAGAGUACGUGUGAGCUGGAGGCAGAUGCUGUGGCUGCAGACAUCCUCAACCGUCUGGAGAUAGACAAUCAGAUUGGCAGGAACCCUGGCCUGCAGGUCAUCUGGGAGGACGAGAAGCAGAGACGACGAGAGAAGAACCAGUCAUCUCAGAUCGAGACCCCACAGUCACAGGAUCGCAGGUUUGUCGCCUCGACGGAGAGCGAGAGAAUCUUCAUGAAGAGAUUCAAGGAGAUCCUGAAGGAAAAUGAGUUUGAUGUGACUCAGUCUGGGUCUGUGGAGGGCGCGGCAGAGGAGCAGGAUCCCUUCCCAGCUGAACUGUCUGUAUACCCCGAUGUCCUGACCCCAGAGCUGCUGCAUUGUACACCAGCUAACCAGGUGGAGGUUCACAGAGACUCUCAGACUGACACUAAAAGGAACUGUGGUAAAGACCAGGGGGAGGCCAUUGUGGAUGAGGAGGCCAUUCUGAGUCUGUUGGAAAGCAGCCAGACCUUCCUCCCCCUCUCCCAGAGAUCCAACCACUCCCCCUUACUAGAUAGCAGCCGGGACCAUGCCAUGGUUGACCUGCUGGCAGGCCUGGAGGAUGAUGGGUACAGAGAAGCCCCUAUGAGGCAGAACUCCCAGCAUUCUCUGCCCGGGGGAGGGAGCACUCACUACAACAGUGACGAGGAGGAGGAGGGGCCAGAGCUAGAGAGGGAGGAGGCAGAACUCAGUCUGAUGAUGUCACAGAGAUGGGACAGCGACCUUCCAGAACAGUCUCCUAGACAGAGACCUGGUGUGAAGGAUGCAGAGGAGAGCUUCAGUGACGAGCCCCAGGAAUCCUCCGAUGAGGAGAUGGAAAGGAGGGGGGACAACUCUCUCUCUGCCAACCUGUCCAUUCCUCAGCUGGACGGUGCUGCGGACGAGAACAGUGAUUCAUCGUUAACGGACAAAGGCUCCAGGACCCACUCGUCCCUCACCGUCACAGACAAGAUCCUGGGGAAGAGGAACCCCUUUCCUGGGGAGACUGUCCGCCUGGAGCCCCUGCCCUCCACCAAGGUCCUCCUGGAGUUCAAACACCCUGAACAUAGGCAGGCCCACUCACAGGACGCAGAGGAACCAGCCAAUAAGCACUUCCUCGGCCAGGACAGUCACGAGUGCUCCACGGGGUUCAAGGUGAAUAAAGAGAGACCUUACAUCCAGCCGGUCAAACACCCCAUCCCCUGCAAUAUCGCCAACCAGGCUGAGGUUUCUCAGAUCUGUGUGGACAAAAUGGACGUUGUUCGGCCUCUGUACACCUACGAGAAGAAGACGAUGGCUCUGGAUGAGUCAGACCUGGACGUCUUUCCGUUCAGCAACGGGAAGAUCACCCAGAGCAGGAAGAAGUACAGCAGUAUGAAGAACGUCGAGAAGAAUCGUCUGUCCAUCCUGCAGAACCACAGGAGCUUUUCCCUGUGUUACUCUGAGCUGAGGAACUGCCCCAGCACGACAGAUCUGGAGCUGGGUCAGAAAGGCUGUAAAAGCCCAAUACUGAGAAACAGUAUAACCCCAACUCCCUGCCCCAUAGAAGAGGACGAGCUCCUGGCCCCGCUGGAGGGCGAGAUGGGCCAGGACAGCGAGGACGGCGACAUGGGUGAGCUGAAGAUCAGGUACGAGGACUAUCAGGAGAACAAGACUGAGAGGAUCAUAGUAGCCCAGAAGGAGGCGCACUAUAAGUUCUUCCCCAGUGUUAUUCUCUCCAACUGUCUAACCAGGCCAGCUAAGAAGGUAGUGGGCAACAAGCUGACCGAUGGCUGUGCUAAGCUAGAGCAGGCAGAGACACGCAGGUCCAGGCUUAAGCUUGGCAAGAGGUCUUUGGCUGCUGCAGCCCAGAAGGCUAAUGCAUACGCUGGGGAAAGCCCAGCCUCUGACACCCAAGUCAGCACAGCCUUUAUGUCCAUCACGCCUACUUGUCCAAAGAGCACGGACACCGAGGAGAAGCCAGUCACAGUGGCAAAGUCAGUUGUAGUGGAGACUGGGCCCACAGAACCACUGCCAGAAUCCCCUGCCCUGGCCCCUACCCCUCUGCCAGCCCCUAUCGCUUCCCCUGCACCGGCCCCAGUCCCUGCCAUUCUGAAUGAGGUGUCUGUGGAGGGCAGGUUGGCCCCACUGCUUGAGCUCCCUGUUAAAGUAACCUGCACCAAAGCCUCAGGUCUGCCUGGCAGCAAGUACACCCUGAGGGCCAAACGAAAGAUGAGCUACGACAGCAGCGAGGACGGGGAACAGUCGGUAUCCUCUCGCAUGAAACACCCUCUGGCCCUCCGAGACCGCUUCAAAGAAAACUACGUCCUCAGCACGCAGGAACUAAAGUACCAGAAACGACGGAAGAUGUACAGAAAGGAGCCAAGGGAGCCGCCCAUCAUCAUCAAAUACAUAAUCAUCAACCGGUUCAAAGGUCAAAAGAACAUGUUGGUGAAGAUGGCCAAGGUGAGUGCUGAGGAGCAGCGGGUGGUGCUGACACCUGACAGAGUGGAGACGUACACCAAAAUGGCCCCCAUCAAGACCUUCUGGCCUAAGGUUCCAGAGUCUUGUGCGGUCAAGUUCCCUCUCAGUGAGCCCAAGGCUAAUAAGAAACAGCCCAAACGAAAGGCCAAGGUCAACACCACCACUAAGAAAACGGUCAGCAGUCCACCCAGAGUCCGAGUUAGGCAGGGGGGUGAGAAGCCUAGAAGGACUAGAGGCCUUAGAAAAACCUUGACUCUGCCCUCUCUGCCAUGCCCGUGGCCAUGUUACUGUGAACUGGCCGAUGACCACAUCACUGAGUACACUGAUGUGAUGGUGGAGUUGGGUUAUCUAUCUGAGAGAUCUCUUAGCCCUGUUGAUUCAACCCCACCCCGGUGUUGGUCCCCCAGUGACCCCCUUAUGGAAGCCAUAAGUUCUGAUCGGUUGAUGAACCGAUUAAAUGAUCCCUGUCUCACUUCUGUUUGUCACAAACCCCCCCCAGAGUCCUUAGGCCGAGGCGUGCGGAACCGCAGCCGGACUGCUAAACCUAGAAAUGUAACCUCUACCAGCCCAAGAAGACGGAUUAAGCUUUCAGAGGAAGUCAAAAAGGAGAGCACAGCGAGAAGGAAAAGUACAAUUGGGACUCCAAGGAGGAGAAAGAAAGAUCUAGAAACAGUUGAUGGAACUAGUGUGGGUGGUGUCUGUACUACUGCCAUCGCCACAAGAACGAGGAGGCCUCGGAGGAAGAAGCAGGCAGAAGAGCCUGAAUUGCCCCCUGUCAGAAGCAGAGACUGUGACAGUUCCCAGCACCUCUUCCCAGAGGGUGAGCUGCCUCCUACUGAAUCCUCCUCAGAGGACAUACCACCCUUUCAGAAGCCAGCCAGCAAAACCAGCCAAAUCAUUGACGGCUCCAGCUCUAAAUCCCUAACCCAGUUCUCGCAGUCUAUUGAACCAACGUCUGAGGACUGUGAAAGCUCCAUUAUGAAGGUGAACCAAAGCUUUGCUCUUGAACUCGCCCAAACGCAGCCUGACCAACCGAAGGGUUGUGCUGUGAAGGCAGACACUACUGCUGAUGAAUGCACGUUCCAUCAGGUUAAAUCCCCAACCCAGGUGGGGGACAGAAAGGGCGCCCCCAAAGCAGGGUCCCCCCACUCAGGCCUUCAGAAUGGGAAGACCUUACCUGAGGACAUCUCUGGCCUGGCUGUUCUGAAGAAGCUCCAGCAGAGAGGUGGGCAGUGCCUUUCCACUACAACACAGCCCCCUGGCUCCACACCAGAACCUGCUGCAGCCAAGCCAUCAAGAGCCAGGAGAGCUCCCUCAGCCACCCCACGGAAACCCCGGGCCCCAAGAACUACAACUGCCAAGGAGGGGAAACCCAGGAACAGGAAGGAGAAGGCGAACUCUCAGCCGGAGGUACCUGUGAAGCAAAAGCUCCCCAUGUCAGAUGACAGCCCAGUGUUCCUGUCAGACCCAGGCCUGGACAGCUGCUACUCCAUAGAGGACAGCCUGUCCCCAGAGCUCCCACACAACUACAACUUUGACAUCAACGCCAUCGGUAUCGGUAGCCAGGCAGAGUUCUCCAGCCUGUACAUGGGCAGCCAGUUUGUUCUGACCGACAAGAACCUGCCUCAGAAGUUCCUGAGUGACAUCACCCAGGAUGCGGUACCUGCCUUGGCGCUGAGCUUAGAGAAGAGGCCUGAGGUGUUGUUUGGCUCAGGGGAGGAGCUCCAUGAAAGCUUGUCCGGACCUCUGACUCCUGAACUCUUUGACAAGCCAAAAAAUGGCGAGCUUGUGUUCAAUCAUCGAUCACCUCUGGACUCUGAGAGGUUACCAAGGAGCAGAGAGUGGGGAACAUCUCUGGGCAAACUCCACGGCCUCAGCCACUUCCAGGGCUUUCACUGUGAGAGGAAAGAGCUGCUGUUCUCUGCCUUUGACCCCAUCUUACCACUGCCUUUGAGCUCUGUGUCUUUCGCAGACAACGAAGGGUUACCGACUGGGGACCUACUGGAGGGGAAUUAUGCUUUUACAUCAACCACGCCCAGUAGUUCGCGGCGCUCCUUCAGCUCUCUAUCCCAGGUGAAGGCCAUCAGCCAGCUCCUCAGAGGGACAGGGGGGGGAGCCCACAUCCUCAAGCCCCUCAUGUCCCCUCCCAGCCGGGAAGAGAUCCUCACCACCCUCCUGGACCUGGAGAUGUCUGAGGCCACCUUCCAGGAGCCAUUCUGCAGCAACCCUUCAGACGCCCCAGGGAAACCCAGGGAGGUUGGUGGGCGUAAGCUGAUGGUGGAGACAAUGUUGACCAAGGAGCUGGCUGAGUUCAACGGGGACCUGUGCCUGGAGGGGCUACAGUUCUGGAAGACAGCCUUCUCUACCAUGACCCGGGCCGGCUCCUCUCACACACUGGGAGCAGAGGACACCAGAGACCAGGCCCAGCUCAGCCCCUCUUCAGCCGGGGACCAGAAGGUCAUCCUGCUGCCUUGCAGGAGUGCUCCCAGGCGGGAACGCGUCCAGCUAUGGCUGGAGGCCAGAAAACAGUACGAGCAUCUGCAGAGGGGCAGGAGAGACAUGGGAGAACUGGAGAGGGGAAGGUUGGAACAGGUAACAGACGAGCAGCAAACAGACAGGACUGAACAGCCCACUGCGUUCCAUUGUUCAGCAUUGGAGGACGAGGAGGAGUUUGAGAAGCCCUCAGGUAUCAGGACUCGGAGGGAGAGGAGGGACAAUCUGUCCCUACAGAUAUCACCUGUUGGAGGGGUGGAAACUCAGGACAGCCCCAGAGGAGUGAAGCCUGUACCGGACAUUAACAUCAGAGACUCUGAGGAGGAGUACUAUGGUAAAUCCAUCUCUCCAGACUCACCAGACCUGCUGCCAUGGCAGGAGCCCACGCAGCCCAGUCCCUCAGGACCAGACGCAGUAGAGGGAGAGAGGAGAGGGUCAGAUCGAGGGUUACCCCUGUCCCCCAGGCUCUGCACAUCCCCAGAGAGGAGAGAGGAGAAGCACUUCCUCAGUCCUUCUCCCUUCUCUUCCAAGAAGACCCGGGGGGACGGGGAGUGUACCAGCCCCCAGCUCCACAGCACCCCAGUCCUUAGGCGACACAAAGGCAGGUGUGAGUCGGAGACUGUGUGCAGCACCCCUGUGACUCAAGACGCAGAGUCCACGUCUCAGAGACUGCAGCACAGGAGAGGGGAACACACAGAAACCCUGAGGAGAGUGCUACUGACCACACAGAUGAAGAACCAGUUUGCUGCUUUGAACGCUCCAAAGAAAGACAACUCUCAGAUCGAGGGCCCCAGCAUCAGCAAUUCAUACGGAUUCAAAGUCAACAUGCAAGACCUCCAGGACGCUAAAGCCAUGCACGAGGUGCAGCACCUGACGUUGAUGAGCAUGGAGCUUCACGCGCGGACCCGACGGGACCUGGAACCCGACCCCGAAUUUGACCCCAUAUGUGCCUUAUUCUACUGCUUCAGCUCUGACACAUCUUUACCUGACUCAGACAAGACCCAGCUGACUGGGGCCAUCGUGGUAGAUAAGGACUGCCAGGAGAGUGGCCAAGGUGUCAGAGGAACAGCGCCCCUGCUGGUAAGAUCAGGUGUCUCAGGACUGCAGGUCACCUACGCUGUGAAUGAGAAGCAGCUGUUCCAGGAAGUUGUCACUAUCAUGAGGAGGUUUGACCCAGACAUUCUGGUGGGCUACGAGGUCCAGAUGCGUUCCUGGGGCUACCUCCUCCAGCGGGCAUCAGCACUCAGUGUGGACCUGUGCCGGCAGCUUUCCCGGGUGCCAGGUGACGCCAAAGAGAACCAUUUCGCAGCAGAGAGAGACGAGUAUGGAGCAGACACCAUGACAGAGAUACACAUCAUCGGACGUAUCGUCAUCAACCUGUGGAGAAUUAUGAAGACUGAGGUGACAUUGAACAACUACAGUUUUGAGAAUGUGGCCUUCCACAUCCUGCACCAGCGCUUCCCCCUGUACAGCCCCCGCUCCCUGUCAGACUGGUUCGACCACAACACUGACCUGUACAGGUGGAAGGUGGUGGACCACUAUGUUAGCCGGGUGGCCGGUACCGUGCAGCUUCUCCAGCAGCAUGACAUCAUCGGCAGGACCAGCGAGCUGGCCAGGGUGUUUGGGAUCCAGUUCUACCACGUGCUCACCAGGGGAUCCCAGUACCGUGUGGAGUCCAUGAUGCUGCGUGUGGCCAAGCCCAUGAACUACAUCCCGGUGACGCCCAGCAUACAGCAGAGAGCCCAGCAGAGGGCGCCGCAGUGCAUCCCGCUGGUCAUGGAGCCUGAGUCGCGCUUCUACAGCAAUUCUGUGGUGGUGCUGGACUUCCAGUCGCUCUACCCCUCCAUCGUCAUCGCCUACAACUACUGCUACUCUACCUGCCUGGGCCACGUGGACAGCAUGGGAACGGCCGAUGAGUUUAAGUUUGGCUGCACCUCCCUGCGGGUUCCCCCUGAGCUCCUCUACCAACUCCGCAAUGACAUCACCGUCUCUCCCAACGGCAUCGCCUUUGUCAAGCCCACGGUGAGGAAGGGGGUCCUGCCCAGCAUGUUGGAGGAGAUCCUGAACACGCGGUUCAUGGUGAAGCGCUCCAUGAAGACCUACAAGCAGGACAAGGCCUUGAUGAGGCUGCUGGACGCCAGGCAGCUGGGACUCAAGCUCAUCACCAACGUCACCUUCGGCUAUACCGCCGCCAACUGCUCUGGACGCAUGCCCAGCGUAGAGGUUGGUGACAGUAUUGUCCACAAGGCCAGGGAGACCCUGGAGAGAGCCAUCAAGCUGGUCAACGACACCAAGAAAUGGGGAGCCCACGUUGUGUACAGUGACACAGACAGCAUGUUUGUCCUGCUAAAGGGAGCAACUAAAGAGCAGGCCUUCAAGAUCGGCAACGAGAUCGCAGAGGCAGUGACUGCUACCAACCCUAAACCUGUCAAGCUGAAGUUUGAGAAGGUGUAUCUGCCGUGCGUGCUCCAGACAAAGAAGCGGUACGUGGGCUACAUGUACGAGAGGCUGGACCAGAAGGACCCCGUGUUCCACGCCAAGGGGAUUAAAACAGCGCGCCGAGACGGAUGCCCUGCUGUUUCCAAGAUUUUGGAGCGUUCCAUCAAGCUGCUGUUUGAGACGCGGGACAUCAGCCAGGUGAAGCAGUUUGUGCAGCAUCAGUGUGGGAAGGUGCUGGAGGCCAAGGCCAGCAUGCAGGACCUGACCUUCGCUAAGGAGUACAGGGGCAGGAGCUCCUACCGGCCGGGGACCUGCGUCCCUGCUCUGGAGCUCACCAGGCGUAUGAUGGCCUAUGACCGGCGCCUGGAGCCACGGGCGGGCGAGAGGGUGCCCUACGUGAUCGUGUACGGGACGCCCGGCCUGCCCCUCAUCCAGCUGGUGCGGCGGCCCUUAGAGGUGCUGCAGGACCCAAGUCUGCGCCUCAACGCCACCUACUACAUCACCAAGCAGAUCCUGCCCCCGCUGCAGCGCAUCUUCCAGCUCAUCGGCGUGGACGUGCUCAGCUGGUACCAGGAGAUCCCCAGGGUCCAGAAGGCAUCGUGCUCCACGGUGGCUGAGAGGAAGGGGACCAUCUCCCAGUACUUCACCACGCUGCACUGUCCUGUGUGUGAUGAGCUUACCCAGCUAGGUGUGUGUAUCAGCUGCCGGGGCGAGCCCCAACGCGUGGCCAUCACUCUCUACCAGGACAUGCGGCUGUGGGAGAGCCAGCAGGACCAGCUGCUACAGAUCUGUAGGAACUGUAGCGGCAGUGCGGAGCGGCAGGUUCCGUGUGUGUCUCUGGACUGUCCUGUGCUCUACAAGCUUUCCCGGGUCAACAGACAGCUCUCCAAGGUGCCCUACCUCCGACAGCUCCUGGAGCAGUUCUGAUUCUGAACACGUUCUGGACUGCUGUUCUGGUGCUAAACCAACGCUGUCUCAUCCAGUUCAGUGUUUCCUUUAAAUGGUGCUUUGAUUUGUUCUCACUCGCUCAGUCUUCAUUAGCUGCUAUUGGUUGGUUGUGCGUGAAGCUGAUUUUUCUUCAGAUGGUCUCGUCUGUAUCAUAACGAUGGCAUUGACUCUGAUCGAAGAGGACCUUACACUUUUAUCCUGUACUCGCUGUAGCAAUUUGUAAAUGCAAGACUUGUAAGUCUGAACGGUAUUCCUAAGGAGCUCCCGACGAUACGAAGAUUGACUAAAGAAACCACUGUUCAACUUCAUUUCCCUUUUUAUAUCAAAUACCAUUUUAUAAAUAGUUAUUGUACCGUGCCCAUCUGAAUUAUCUCUGUGCAUCAGCAUUAAAAAAGGAAAGCUCUAAUCACAGUGGACAAAUCAACUAGCUAGUUUUUAUCCAUUCUGUUUGUGUGCCAUGGUAAUACGUUUUUUUUUUUUUUUGCCUCGAUUGUAUUUGUCCAUUUUGGCAAAGCAUUAUCCUUAUACUCCGAGACACUGAUGGGGAUUAUUCAUUUCAGUUUUUACUUCUGGGACUGUUGCAAUACUGUAUUUUGAUAAUUUAUGGCAAGAGAAUAUUAUUUCCUUAAGCAUCUUUUUUUUUAAUGCUUUCUCCAUGUUAACAGCAUAUUUCAUCUAACCAUGUCAAGAUGGAUUCUAUUGUUUCCCAAAACAACUAUACACAGGAUCUGUGGAUUUGUAUAAAUGUAAAAAGAAAAAUGAAGGAAAUGUUGUUGUUUUUUCCCGUUUUUAAUGGACAUUGCUGUGGGUGCAGGUUGAAGAUUGGUUUAAUAAAACUCCAUGUAUUAGUA